GCCUCUCUUAUUUCCUGCUCCUUCUAGUGUUAAGGACUCCAGGGCUUGAAGCUUUUGACAACAGCCACACAUCUCAGCUCAGACCUGCAGGCGGCUGAACCGCAGAGAGAGACAGUAACACUAUUGCCAUCAUGAAGACUGCCAUUGUGUUGGCAUUACCCUUAUUGCUGACCACAGUGUCCUCUCAGACAUUCCACUGGGGUCCUUGUCCAACGCCAAUGGUCCAGCCAAACUUUGAGCUGCCCAAGUACUUGGGAAAGUGGUAUGAAAUCGAGAAGCUCCCAGCAUCCUUUGAGAAAGGCACAUGCAUUGAAGCUAACUACUCUUUAAGACCUGACAAGACCAUCAAAGUGCUUAAUGUUCAGAAAUAUAAAGGAAAAGUGAGGACCAUUGAGGGCACAGCUAUUGUACAAGACUUGAGAGAACCAGCUAAACUUGGAGUUAGUUUCUCCUACUUCACUCCCUACAGUCCAUACUGGGUCUUGUCCACUGAUUACAACACUGUAGCACUGGUUUACUCCUGCACUGACGUCCUGAGGCUGUUCCAUGUUGACUAUGCCUGGAUCCUUUCCCGCACCCGUACACUGCUUCCUGAAACCGUCUACCAUGCAAAGGAGAUCUUCGCUCGGGACAACAUCGACGUCAGCAAAAUGGUUCCCACUGAUCAGCACGGCUGUGAGGGUGGACCUUAAAUGAUCAACAUGAUAUUUAGGCCAAACAUCUGAUCUGUAUUUUCACUGGACAUUUAGGUGUCUGGAGUUUGCUUCUUUAAUUUUGCACUGGAGCCUCUAUUAUAUAUAAUUAGAUGUGUAAAGCUAUUAUUAUUGGUAGGUAUGAGCAAUUAGUGUUAGCAAUGUUAGGAAUGGUAGCAAUUAGUAUUUUGCAAACAAAUAAUCUUGCUGCUUACCGGUAUGUGGUUUCUGACAAUAUAUGAUUGGAGAGGGCAACUAAGGACCAGAAUCAAUACAGCGUGGGGAUGUCCCUGGUCUAAAUAAGCAAAUAUUGGUUUAAAACUUUAAAGAUAUGUCUGAUUUUAAGAUUAUUUUUUCAUUUAAUCAUUUGCAGAUACUAAUAUCCUUACAUUUUUAGUACAAAUCUAAAGAAGCUUUCUUCAAACACCAAGCCUGUCUUCAAUGAUUAAGUAUAUUUGGAGUAAGGGGAAAUUUUAGUAUACUCCUCACAAUAUUAAGUAUCAUGGAUAAUGACGUUUAUUGUGCCAAUGAUAUAUAUAUAAGAAACAAACAGUCACUGAAGGAUGAAUAUUUACUGAAUAUUUAUAUGUUUUAGCUUUUCAAAAUCAUGUAUAACGCACUGAACUUAUUUCAGAUCAACAUCAGGAAUCAUCAACUUCUGGAGGGCAGUAUUGUGCCACAGUUUACUCUUUUUUAUCUCACCUGAUUCAGCUCAGAAAGAACUAAAUCAGAACUGAAUUAAGAAGAUGUUUGAGAAGGGAAAACAGCAAACUGUUCCAGGCUGCAGCUCUCUAUAAACACUACUGAUAACCCCUGUUCUAAAUUAUACACAAUAUUAAGUCUUGCUACUUCUUGGUAUAAUAAAAUGUCUUUAAAAGGUC